GGCUGCUGGAGGAAGAGAGGAGGGCAUUCUUCUUCCCCAUCACAUCCUAUCCCUUGCCCCAGGCUCCCAUGACUUCCCUCCUUGGGCCACAGAGCUCAGGACUGGGCCAAGCAACCAUGUCUCCAUCCCCAGCUGCCCUCUUCUGUCUUGGGCUGUGUCUAGGACAGGUGAUUCCAGCACAGAGUGGCCCACUCCCCAAGCCUUCCCUCCGUGCUCUGCCAAGUUCCCUGGUACCCCUGGAUAAGUCAGUGACCAUUCGGUGCCAGGGUCCUCCAGGUGUGGACUUGUACCGCCUGGAGAAACUGGAGUCUGGGAGGUAUGAGGAUCAGGACUUUCUCUUCAUCCCGGUCAUGAAAACAAAUCAUGCUGGUCGCUACCGCUGCUCCUAUCAGAAUGGAACCCGGUGGUCCCCGCCCAGUGACCUACUGAAGCUGGUUGCUACUG